CACAUUAGAUUCGGAUUAUGGAUUGAUAGGGUUGAUUAUGACAGAUUACGUUUGAAGCUCAACAUUCGUGAGUACUCCUUCGUCGGAAAUCUAGCACGCCUCGUAUUCACGGACGCCGUUCUGAGGCGUCCGAGCCUGACUGGGACGGUGUGCAAUGUCACGAAGUAUAGAAUGGGAUCGGCCGUGACGGCCAGACCCGCGCUGGAAUCAAAGAGAUUGUACGCGGUAUACGCAAUGACGCGACACUGGAUGAGGAAUUGCGACUACAACGAAGGUCAAAUCGACAAAGUGCUGGCGGUGGUACCGUACAUUAUGGCUAAGAAGAUAUGUGAUCUGAAUCGCCCGUGCAAAGGUGAGACACGUCGGAGAGCGGUACGAUCAAGGAUCUAUGUUAUGGAGAGUUCAGAGGAUACGGCGGAUGAGCAACCGGAGGACGGUGGCGCCGAUGGUGCUAAGGGUGAUGCUGCUCCCUAUGAGUCGAGUACGCGUAAUGCGGUGAGUGAUGCGGGUAACGACGUGGACGGUGAACGGGGUGGUCCUGGUGGUUGGACAGACGGUGCUGCAAAAGGCGAUACGACGACGUGCGAUGAUGUUGCCGCACGUGUGGUUCAGCCGAAUCAUUUUAGCGAUCAAGGGGAGGUAGGUGCCGACGGUGCGGAGCAUUUUAUUUGUUGUUAGAUAUUGCGAAUCGUGUGGUGAUCGAAAGACAGCUGUUGAUGAUGCUCGAGAGAUAUUAUAUAUUAUUGUACUAGUAGUCAGAUCUUUAUAAUCACGUUUUUUCGAUAUCCGCACAAAUUAACCUUGUAUGACAUUUCGAAUAUUAUUAUUACUAUAUACGAGUUGAUCGAUGAAUGUUUCACAUUUCUUAUUUAACGAUUCGAAGUGAGGUUUAUGGUGUUUUGUUGGAUAUAUACGUGAUUUCGUAUAUAUGAAUACUGUAAUAAGCAAUUUUGAGUCGUAAUGUUAUGGACCUUCGGUGUCAGCGAUAGACUGAUGUGGUACCGUUGUUGUUAAGACUGAUAAGGUGCAAAGAUUAAAGGGCAGCUAUAUCGACAUUCGGGGAGUGUGUAAUCGUGUUAUAUAUUUUCUUGAUAAUGUAGUACUGUUGUCAUUAAGACUGACAUGUGCAAAGAUUAUUGUGCAGCUGU